AUGGAUUUACUUGGAUUGAUACGACGUUUACCUGAAAUAGUCGUUUAUAAUAAAUUUGAUGAUGAUCUCUGUGAUCGUUUAAAUUAUUCGCAUACAGUAGCAAUAUUAAUAGUAUUUGCUAUUAUUGUUACAAAUCGACAAUUCAGUGAAAAUCAAAUCAAAUGUUGGGUCCCUGCUCAAUUUACUGGUAGCUAUGAACAAUAUGCCAAUCAAAUAUGUUUCAUAACCAACACAUAUUCAUUUGAUAUGCAUGAAACAUUACCAGAUGAUUACAAUCAACGCCAUGAACAAGAACUUAAGUAUUAUCAAUGGACUCCAUUUAUUCUUAUUUUAAUGGCUAUUUUAUUUUAUAUGCCACAUCAAAUUUGGCGUGGUUUUAGCCUCCGCAGUGGAGUUGAUUUAAAAGAUUUAAUUGAAGCAGCUCAAACAUAUCGUUCAGCAAAUAUACGACAUGACGAUAAAAUUAAACUACUUGACUAUAUAACUAAUUGGGUUAAUAGUUACUGUGCAAAUGAUUAUCGUUUAAUAAAUAUUCAAACAAAAAGAAGUCUAUCAACAAGAAAAGCGAAACUAACUUGUAUUGGACAUCAUGUUUUUUUUCCUAUCGGCUUAUAUACCGGCAAUUAUUUAAUGAUAACUUAUAUAUUUAUUAAGUUUCUUUAUUUAUUAAAUUCAAUUGGACAAAUCUUUUUAUUAAAUACGUUAUUAGGACGAAAUUAUUGGUAUUACGGUAUUGAUAUCAUAUAUAAAUACUGGACCCAAGGAGUUGGUUUACUCUAUACAGGAACUGGUUAUUUUCCUAAAGUGGUUUUAUGUGAUUUUACUAUUCGUGAACCAAAUCAUCCAAAAGAAUCUCAUCGUUAUACAGUUCAAUGUGUCUUGCCAUUUAAUUUAUUUAAUCAACAACUAUUUACAUAUCUAUAUUUUUGGCUUGUAAUACUAUCUCUGUUUAAUUUUAUAUCCAUAGCUAAGUGGAUUUAUCGUAUGUCACCAUAUAAUAAUUUUAAUUAUCUACAACGACGUCUAAAUUUACAUAUUUUAACUGGUUCGCAAAAUACUGAAGUUGAUUUAAGACGUAAAUUUGUCUACCAAUAUUUAAAAGGUGAUGGAACAUUUAUGUUACGUUUAGUCGCAAAUAAUGUUAGCGAUUAUGUAUGUAGAAAAAUUAUUGUAGAACUUUAUAAAGUAUUUCACAAAUCAUUGAAUUCCAAUACAAUCGGUAGUGAACCAUUAUUUAAACCAAUAUUAAAUUAUAAGCGUGAUAAUGAUGAUGAUUAUGAUCAUGAUCUUGAACAAGAUGAAGAUAAUAAACAGCAUGAUAUUGAUAUUAUCGACGAAGAUGAUAAAAACAUAGAUGAAACUAUGGCUGCCGAUAUUCCACCAUUACCCAAUCCUCGACAAGGAAAAAUAUUUGUUGAACGCGAAUCACUUCCAAAUUCACCGUCAGAUUUAGUUGGUUCAGAAAAAAAUGAAUUACAACAAACUGAUUCUAUUUCGACGCUGACAAAUACUACCAUCAGUCAUACAUGCUUGCGUAGUUCUUUAGUACCUCUUUCAAAAAAUAUCAAUCGUAUGUUUGAAGCACAAGUCGGUUCUUCUGAAACAGCAAGUCCUGCAUAUAAGAACGUCGAAUUUGAUCUAGAGCCAAAUACAAUAAUUUCAUCAACACUUUCCUCUCCUUCAGUACUAACUAUUCAACAUCUUCCAACAUCACCAACGAUGAAAGGUCCAUCACCUUAUGCAACAACAUAUUUAACAACGAAAAAACGAAAUGACCAUGAACUACCCUAUAUUGAUGAUAGUAUAUCGAGCAGUUCGACUUCUGGUCGAUUGACUAGCCCAACUGGUGUUCGACAAACAGAAAAAUCAACAACAAAGCUGGCAUCAACAAGUCUCUUUUUUCGACGAAGUCAUGAUGUAUAG